UUCAUUUCACUUUGCUCUUAAUUCCUACACUCCUUGCCUGCUCUUUUCUCCCUUUAAGUAUGUCGACUUUGGACAAUUUGCUUGAUCUCCAGGACCAAAUUUGCUAUGUCAAAUGUGGAUUUUGCAGUACCAUCUUGCUCGUUAGUGUUCCAUGCAGCAGCUUAUCCAUGGUGGUGACAGUGAAAUGUGGCCACUGCACCAGAAUCCUCUCUGUCAACAUGAUGACGGCCCGUCUAGUCCCGUUGCAUCUCUUUUCGUCGCUUAGCCACCAGGAACACACGGUACAACCAAAACGGGAGGUUUGCUCUGAGGAAGUGCUUGCUGACAAGAAGGCGGCAAUUGGAUGUUUUCCUCCACUCUCUUUCUCGUCAGAUGAAGAAGUUGACGAAGAUUCUAACCAAGUUAUCCAUAAACCUCCGGAGAAGAAACAACGUGCCCCGUCUGCCUACAAUCACUUCAUCAAGGAAGAAAUCAAGAGGCUGAAGAUUGAGUAUCCCAACAUGACUCACAAGCAAGCUUUCAGUGCUGCUGCUAAAAAUUGGGCACAUUGCCCACAGAGUCAGUACAGAGAUGGAGAAGUUCAUGGCUAUGCCGGCGAACCAGACAGAAACCUGGCUAUGGUGAAGCAGUCGACAGAGGAUGUUGUCUGUAACGAGGUGCAUUGUUUUGGCAAUGGCUUCCAUGACACAAAGGCAUUGAAGCAAUGUAUUUGCAGGAAACCACAUUUCUAGUGCAACGGGCCGAUUCUCGGUCAACGUACGAGAAGUGAAGAAAGUAAGCUAGGGCUGCGAUGAGGGUUUAAUUAAGACAUGUGCGUGUUUUUGUUUGUUCGAAACAACUUAAUUAAGCAGGUCAAAAUUAUAACUUAUAUUUAUUACCUACUCUCAUCAAUACUACCAUAUUCCAUGUGUACAUAUAGCUAUUCUAUCCUUGUCUGAAUUAAUUUCUUGCUAGUACCUACCUACAGCGA